CGAGGUGGGAAGGAUUCCUUGCCGCCGAGGAAUCCAUCGUGGUGGCAGUUUAGCAGUUAUCUUGGAGAUAGUUAUACAGUGCGUUGUGCCAGUGAAGUAUUGCGGUCACGUUGAUAUUAACUCCGUUUUGCUUAUCAGUCAGCAGCAGGUUCAAUACUACUUACUUACUUACUUGAGAGAUACCAAGAGGGAAGAUAUGGUUUGGGGCAAUAAAUGAAAUGGGAGCCCAGUUCAAUAGAUGGACAGUGCUAAAAAUAUUCGAAGUUAUUUUGGUGGGGGUAUGUUUGAUAUUCAAAAGAGUGACCGACGACGAAGCAUCCAGAGUGUUCCUUUACUUACAAAAAAUAUCCAGAGAAUGGAGCCUACUCAACAACAUUACUUGGAGUCGAGUUGGAGCAUCAGUAGCUGACACAACCUAUGGAGGUUACUUCAUCAUCACUACUGCCUUGUUGAUAGGACAUAUUGCAGGAGAAAUACCCACCUCAAAAAGAAUAACGGAAUAUAUACUCCUUGGACUGGGAGCAGUACUUUUCGUUGUCAUGGGCAGUCUUUCAUAUGCUGCCUUGGAUUCUGUUCCACCAAACCUAAUCGAUAAUGCUGCCAUAGUAGGAACGGUUUCUCUGGUCACCGCAGGGUUGUUUUUGUUAGAUAUGGCCGGACCAAAAGCUAAGAAGUCCUCCAAGGUAUCACCUUCAGCUAAGAAAAUCAUCAAACCUACUGAACCCAAGAGUAUCAGUCAACAGGUAUAUGACAUUGAGAGGGAAAUUGAAAAUUCUGAGAGGAAACAUUUGGAUACAUUCGAGCCGAAGCCGAAAAAAAAUGGUAACGGUGGGCAGAAUGGAAUCAGAAAUGGAAAAGCGGCUAGGAAUGGAAUCAAUGGUAACGGAAUGGAAAUGGAGCAGCGGAAAUCGAGUAAAGGUUACUUACAAAUGAAGGAUGACUUUCCCAAGAGAUUUGGCAUAUAUGGAAGAGAUGUAACAGACGGCAAUGAAACUGAUGAAACAGAACUUCAACUGCCACCUGAAAUGGAACCCCAUUCUCCGGUUUGGAGUCAAAUCAGAAAGGGGCAAUAUGGUAAAUACGACAUAGUUUCAUCGACGAUUGUUCUUCCAAGACAAAAAGAAUUGGAGUAUGAAGGAGAUCGUCCCCCUAGCCGUCCUGGUGAUCCAGGGUUUGUUCAGUAUGUAGCACAGCAUUGGGGGGAAGGAGGUGGAAAAACUCCUCGUCACAGUCCCACAGAAGUCUAAAAUACCUUUUUCGUUCAGGGUCAAGAAACCCAGUUAUAACUAUGUAUGUUUUACUAUUAAGUUUUUGUUUACGUGUUUGAGUUUUUGUUUUGAUAAUUUUGAGUUUGGAAUAAAAUUAUUGAAUAUUUAAUGGGUA